AUGAUCAACCCUAUCAUCCGGAAACUGGUGAGGCAAGGACACGAAGUCACCUUCAUCACUCCGUACUCCUUAUCAAAGGAAAAUCUGGGAUCAAACUACAAGGAAAUAGUGAUUCCACAAUAUGAUUUCUGGCCGGAGAUUAAGGAGCUAGCCAAUACCAACAGCGUUAUAGAGAUGACGAAGGUGUCGAGUUAUACCUACCUCCAAAUGCUCCAUGUAAUGGGAAUAAGUAACACGGACUUUGUGUUUGACCAGCCUGAAGUUCGUGACCUAUUCAAUGCAAAUGAAAAGGUUGGGCAGUACGAUCUGCUCCUGGCCGGUCAGUUUUACAACGAAGGUGCCCUCAUUCUGGGACACCUGUUUCAGAUACCGAUCGUAACCGUGUCGACCUUUGGAUUUACCAACUACUACAGCCAGUUGGCUGGCAUAGUCUCUCCGUGGUCCUAUGUUCCACAUGGUUUCAUGCCCUAUACAGAGCACAUGUCGCUAUGGGAUCGCAUUGGAAAUGUGGCCAUCAGUGGCUUCGAAGAUCUCUACAGGGAGUUCUCCUACUACCCAAAACAGAAUGCCAUCCUGAAGAAGCACUUCGCCAAGUUACUCGACAGAGUUCCUACCAUCAAAGAACUUGAGCGCAAUAUCUCGGCCAUGCUGUUAAACACCUACAUGCCGUUGGCAUCGGCUAGACCAGUUUCCUACAACAUGAUUCUCGUGGGAGGACUGCACAUUGAGCCACCAAAGGCACUACCCGAGCACCUGCAAAAAUUUCUGGAUGGGGCUGAGCAUGGAGUUAUUUACUUUAGUCUGGGUUCCCAAGUGCGCAGUGCAGAUAUGCCACCCCAAAAGCUUAAGAUAUUCCUGGACGUCUUUGGCCGCCUAAAGCAGCGCAUCCUUUGGAAGUUCGAGGACGAAACACCACCAAAUAUGCCGACCAAUGUAAUGGUGCAAAAAUGGUUACCUCAACAGGACAUUCUUUCGCAUCCGAAUGUGAAAGUCUUUAUCGCUCACGGAGGACUCUUUGGCACCCAGGAGGCAGUGUACAAUGCAGUACCCAUUUUAGGCUUGCCAGUGUACUGCGAUCAGCAUCUAAACAUCAAUCAGGGCAAGAAGGCGGGAUAUGCUUUGGGUCUGGACUACCAAACACUUAAUGCAGUUGAGCUCAGAGAAUCACUGCUUGAGCUGAUCGAGAAUCCCAAGUAUCGAAACAAAAUGAAGGAGGUUUCAAGGAUAUUCCGUGAUCGACCCCUCAACGCAAUGGAUACGGCGAUGUACUGGAUAAACUAUGUGAUCGAGCACCGGGGAGCUCCGCAUUUGGUGGCUGCUGGCGUUGAGCUACCCUGGUAUCAGUUCUACCUCCUGGACAUCCUCGGUCUAGGUAUAGUCCUUAUUAUCACGCUAGCGUGGUCUCUAAUGUGUAUAAAAAGGAAAUUCAAAUCAAUUUACUCUUCAAUGAAAAAGGUCAAAAAAAAUUAG